AUGGCCCCCUUCGAUCUCGACGCGUGUAUACAGCAACUGCUCCGCAAACAGCUUUUACAUGAGGCCCUUUUACGUGAAAUAUGUGCAAAAACGAAAGAAGUUCUCAUGAGGGAAUCCAAUGUGGUCCAUGUCAGUGCACCAGUAACGGUCGUUGGAGACAUACACGGUCAGUUCUACGACCUCAUCGAAAUAUUCCGCAUAGGUGGCUAUGCUCCUCACACCAAUUAUCUUUUCCUUGGGGAUUACGUCGAUCGUGGCCUGUUCAGUGUGGAGACCAUAUCACUCCUUACGUGUCUUAAGCUGCGCUACCCCGACAGAGUCCAGUUAAUUCGUGGCAACCAUGAAUCAAGGGCUGUAACACAAACUUAUGGGUUUUAUACGGAGUGUGUGCGAAAAUACGGCUCAUCACAUGUAUGGACCUAUUUCACGGACAUGUUCGACUUCUUGACCCUGUCUGUGGUAAUCGAUGAUCGGAUAUUCUGCGUUCAUGGAGGUCUUUCGCCGUCUAUCCACUCCGUAGAUCAAAUCAAAGUUGUAGAUCGAUUUAGAGAAAUUCCACACGAGGGUCCUAUGGCUGAUUUGGUGUGGUCGGAUCCGGAUGCAGAGAAAGAAGACUUUGCAAUAUCCCCAAGAGGUGCUGGCUACACGUUUGGAUCAGGCGUUGUACACAAGUUCUUGGAAACGAACAACAUGUCGCAUAUCUUGCGCGCACAUCAACUCUGCAUGGAAGGUUAUUCGUCAUUAUUUGACAAACACCUUUCGACGGUCUGGUCGGCGCCUAACUAUUGUUAUCGUUGCGGCAAUUCCGCGAGUAUACUCGAGGUGGGUCCUGGCGAGAGCAUGUAUUUCAAUGUGUUCGAAGCUGCCCCGGAGAACGAACGCGAUGGUCCGAGUCAACAGGCUCCACAGAAUGUUGGUGGGAAGCUUCCCGAGUACUUCCUCUAGAUCUCAACAAGUUACUACUCUUGAACAUUUUUGAUAGAAACCGAGUACUGCCGGCGGCGGUUUUGGCGCCCAAGCUGUAGCAAGUAGGUGUAAACCUGUAUUGUGCGGACGACACUAGUACGAUGCUACUUUACUAUACCCCACAUGAUGUGUCAGCAUCACGCUAUUAAUCUUGCGGAUGACCUUUCCUGGGUGCCAGAAUGUAGG